AUGAAUGCGAUAAGACGUGAUGAAGACGUCUCUUCAUUGCACUCCUACUAUGUGGAUCAAUGGGAUUGGGAGCUGGUUAUCCAGAGGGAUCAGAGGAAUGAGAAGACAUUGGAGGAAGUCGUUGAAAAGAUAUAUGAUGCAAUGAAGCAGACGGAGAAGAUGUUGGUGAGCGCAUAUCCAGUGUUGACUAAGAAGUUACCGGAUAAGAUAACAUUUCUGAAGACACAGGAGCUGGAGGAUCUAUAUCCUGAGAAGACACCCGCUGAACGCGAGUAUCUUGCAGUCAAACAGUAUGGUGCUGUCUUCUUGAAGCAAAUCGGCAAGGUGUUGAAGUCGAAGCAAGUGCACGACAAACGAGCUCCAGAUUAUGAUGACUGGGAGUUGAAUGGAGAUAUUCUGGUGUACAGUGAACAUGAUGACAGAUGUAUUGAACUGUCAUCGAUGGGGAUCCGAGUGGAUGAAGUGUCGAUGGAUAGUCAGUUACGACAGAGUGGUUGUGAAUCCCGGCGUCAAUUCGAAUACCAUCAGAAGGUGUUGUCUGGUGAAUAUCCACUGACCAUAGGUGGUGGUAUUGGACAGAGUCGACUGUGUAUGUUCUUCCUUGAGAAGAAGCAUAUUGGUGAGGUACAGGUUAGUAUAUGGCCAGAACAUGUCCGUCGUGAAUGUGAGGAGAAUAAUAUCUUCUUAUUGUAA